GAAUUAGCUGCAGUGAGCAGAUCACAGUUGCUGUAGGUUCUGGGUGCUGCACUGUUACUGACACGGAUAUUGCUGGGAAAUUAGAAAGAGGUUGAACAUUUGUUGAAACAAGACAGAUGAAGAGAGACAUCAUAUGGGAUCAAUCUGGAAAAAGAUCAGGCAGGUGACUGAGGACAGAAUGCUGUUUUUCAGCAGCGCUCACACCAAACGUCUGCUGGAUGGAGGAGGCAUCAACUUCUCAGAGAAGAUGAGCAGCGGCGUGACGCGGAUAAAGGAAAAUGGAGAAGAGGACAACAAAGCCAACGUCAGAUGCAGGCGGGUUAGACUCACUCUACUAGAUCAGGAUCAGUCAGGCUGCUCCUCCGACCGGAACAGCAGCAAGGAGAGCAGCAUAGCAGUAGUGCUGCCACAGAAACCAGAGAAGCAGGAAGAAACAUUGGUCACUCCCACAGAAGAAAAAGCUGAAGUCAUUAAGGUUCUCCUCAAAGCCCGUCCAGAGAAAGCAGAGAGUGUCAGAAUGCUGACGGACGAAGUGUCGCAGAUUCAGGAGGUGAGGUACUGUCUGAAGACUCUGAGAGAGCAGAUGGCAGCCAGGCAGAACACUACCAAUAACAAGUAUCCAGUCAAUGGCUUGAGAGUCAACCUGCCCAGCAGCAAACCAGCUGUCACCUAUGGCAACACUGUUCCCACCGAUUCAGACGCUCAGGUCGGGGAUAAUCAGGAGGAAAGUGUGAGGCUCAGGGAGGCGACCAAGCGUCUGUAUGCACAGCUGAAGGAGAUGGACAAGAGGCAUCAGGAGGAGAGGGAGAGACUGCAGGCCGAGUCACAGGAGUAUGGUGUUCGUCUGGCUGAGCAAUCUGAGCAGCUACAGAAGGUUGGGGAGCGGUUGGAGGAGAGGGAUCAGCAGGUGGAGGAGCUGCAAAAGCUGCUUGGAAACAUGGAGCUAGAGAACAGCAUCCUCAAAGAAAAGAUGGCAGCAGGGGAGGCAGAGCUGCUGCAGCUCAAAGCAGACCAGGAGGAAGGGGAGGAGAAUGAACAGAGGUGUGAAAAGCUGGAGAAGGAGGUGGCUCUCCUGAAGGAAAAGAUUCAUCACCUUGACGACAUGUUAAAGUGUCAGCAAAGGAAAGUCCGCCACAUGAUCGAACAGCUGCAGAACUCCAGGACUGUCAUCCAAGAGAGAGAACGAUUCAUCAGGGAUCUGGAGGAGAGGGUGGCUUUCCUGGAAGCUGAGAACAGAGAAAUGCAUGACCAUAUGGAGUACUUCCUGGCAGGCCAGGAACCUCCCCCACUGACGUCCACUGAGAACAAGCCAGAGGUUGUUUACAGUAAAAGACUUACACCGACGACACCGACCGACAAGGCCCUCCCGUUCAUCAAAGUCAUCGAGAUCAAUUCCUGAGUGUCAACCAAAGGAAUAACCAGAAGUACAAUAUAGUGUAAAUAUACAGUAUAUAUUUAACCACCAACCACCAGAAUACAAAAUGUGGAUAUGCAGUGAUCCAAAAAUGCUGGCUUAACAGACCUCAUGGUGACGAAGCACAUUGGUCCGUUGUAAGUACCUCAUAGUUACUUUUGAGGCAGCACACCUUGCUUGGCUCUCUGUAUCACACAGAAUUUAAAAUAGGAAAUCAAAGGGGAAUUUAAACUAGGAUCCAGUGGUAGGAGGAAUCCUAAAAAGGAUACGUGUAAGAAGCUGUGCAAUGCAAAGAUUUUACUGAACUUCUUCUAUGAUAUGCAAAGACACAAAUAUGUGCAGUACGUACUUGGUCAACAAGUCUUCACGACACAGUAGCAAAAGUUUAGUAAAGUUCCCUGUGUUUUAAAGUUUUCCACUUCUUUCGCAUGCUGGAAUAAGUUAUUUAAAUAGGUCAAUGUAUAUGGUAGGUUGAGUUUAAAAACUGCUGUUAUUAUUGUAGAUGUCUGUGUUGCAUUUUCGUACAAAUAAGGACAUUGUGGUGAGUGUGUUCAGCACUUAUUCAUCCUAAAGCCUCUUGGCCACAAUCCUAAGCAGCAGGGUCCAGGGUCAGAGUCCUUAGUGCUUUGCACCAUAUUGCCAAUCGCAGGCAUGCAGUUGGCUAUGUGAAUGUUAAAAUAUGAUUUACGUUUAACAUAAAUAUAAGAAUGGGUCACAUAUAAUGCUAUUUUAUGUAUUAGAAUUCUGACCUUUAUUUUAAUUAUGCUGGAAAACAUAUUAGGGGGUACUUGUAGAGACAGAGCCUAGUUGAUAGCUGCAUUGUAAUUCUUAUCUACACUGCCAAGUGCUGCCUCAACACCCUUUGUAUUACACAUCUAGUAUUGUGCUAAAACGUUGCAUAUUUAAUAACUCUGAUUUAACUGAUAAACUUAAUUACAUAAUUUUGCA